GGCGGUGCCACGUGGUGCCUCCUGAGGCUCCUGGCUGGGGGGCGGGGCCACGCAGACCCUGCAUUUGGGGGAGCCCGCCGGGGUUUCCCCGGGGUCCUACUGGCGGACAUCUCCUGUCAUUUUUACACGAACCAGGGACAGAUCAAUAUUAACUUUGUACAUUUUUUAGGGCCCCGCGGGCCGGGUACAAUGGUCUGGUGGGCUGGAUGCGGCCCGCGGGCCGUAUUUUGCCCACUCCUGACUCUAGUUGGUCUAAUGAUAUUACAUCUGCCACAACCUUGAAUUGCUCUUGCCCUAUGGAUCAUUUAUCGUGCCUUGUUCCUGGAAAUGCUUCCACCUGCUUUUUUUUUCUUUUGGUUUCUUUAAAUGAGCAAAACUAGGUGAGGUCUGCUUGGUGUAACCCCACCCUCCCGCAACACCUUUUGCCAGGAGUAUCUGAGCGGCUCGAAGGCAGCGUCUCAGACUGUCAGUGGGAGCCGCAGGACGUUGAGACCUGACCUGCACCCUGCGCCCAGCAUGGAGACCCCCAGGCAGCGCCGGACCCCCCGCAGCAGGGCAGGCACCAUGCCGAUAUCUCCCCAUGGAACACAGCUGCACAAGAAAGAGGACAUGCAGGAGCUGAACAACCGCUUGGCUGCGUACAUCGACCGCGUGCAGUCCCUGGAGUCGGAGAAUGCAGGGCUGCGGCUCCGCACGUCGGAGGAGGUGGUCUCGGGCAUCAAGGCAGACUACGAGUCCGAGCUGGCUGACACCCGCAAGACCCUGGACUCGGCGCCCAAGGAGCGGGCACGGCUGCAACUGGAGCUGAGCAAAGUCCAGAAGGAGCACAAGGAGCUUAUGACAUGGCUGCACUUGUCCCCCAGCCCCUUGUCACAGAAGAGCAGCUCACACAGCCACGUGGCGCGCUCCACUUUGCAGAGCUCCUUCAAGAAACGCAAGCUGGAGGACAGCGAGAGCCACACCAGCGGGCCCGUGGCCGUUGAGGAGGUCGACCUGGAUGGCAAGUUCGUGUGGCUCAAGAACAAGUCCAACGAGGAUCAGGCCCUGGGGAACUGGCAGAUCAAGCGCCAGAACGGAAAAGAUCCUGUCAUCUCCUACCGCUUCCCUCCCAGAUUUACCCUGCAGGCUGGCCAGGUGGUCACGAUCUGGGGCUCGGAGGCCGGUGCAACCCACAGCCCUCCCAUGGACUUGGUGUGGAAGGCCCAGAGCUCAUGGGGCACCGGAGACAGCCUGCGGACUGCCCUGAUCAACGGACAGGAGGUGGCCAUGACGAAGCUGGUGUGCACCAGGAUGGUGAACGGGGAGAUUGAAGAGGAUGAUGAAGAGGAUGACGAAGAGGGCAUCCACCACCACCGCCACCAGCAUGCCCACUGCAGCGGGGCCCAGAACGCUUGCACCCCAUCCUCAAGCUCAUCCACCCCCCGCAUCAACACCACCCGCAGCUGCCGCACCGUUGCAGGUCCCAGCAUCAGCACUAGUGGUCUGGGUGAAAAUCUAAUGACUGGGGCCUGCAUCGUGGGGAACGCCAGCUCACGCAGGCAGGUUCCUCAAAAGUGCAGCAUCAUGUAACCAGUUGGAGGUAUCCAUCCUGGCCAAAAAACCUGCCAUAGCAAGCUAUUUUUUUCCCUUAAAGCAAAUGUACCUUCUGCCCCCUGUCCCCUCCCGUUUUUAAAAGAAACCAAGAAAGGUUGGGAUUUUUUUGUUUUGUUUUCUACCACAGGAAUUUAUAUAUUUUUAUAAAAUGCAAAACGACGCUUUGAUUUUUUUUUUUUUAAGAAAGAAAAUCUAUUUCUGUAGAGAAAAAGCCCACACACAAACAAGAGCUUAUUCAGCUGCUGCAUUUUUUAAAUACCGAAGCCAAACAAGUUGAUGAAGGGUGGUUGCCAAAAAAAAAAAGAGAGAGAAUGAGAAAAAAAGGUAGUUUAAUAGCUCUUUAGAUGUAUAUUUUUUCCCAAAGAUUUUUGUAUAGGAGUUUGAUGUGAAGCCAUUUGAGAUGGGCCCCUCCUACCUCUGUCUUUGGGAGGGGCAGGGCUGUGUUGCUCUUCAAAGCCAUGUGCUAGACCCGAAAGCAAAGCUCAUUUCAAGACUGCGGGAUGAGCUUUAGCAUAGGAAAAUUGUGCUUUGAAAAGGAAAAUCCAGUCCCUGAGGCUCGAUUCUCCUGUACACUAAGGCUCCUGGCCCCUCCUCUCACAGGAAUCAUCUAUGAGGGUCCCAGGUGGGCCCAGAUCCUCCCAUUUUCCCAUCACUUUCUGCAUGGAGGGGUGCGCACAAGAAGCCUGAACGAUGUUCUCAUUGAUUUCCCAUUGGUUUCAUACCCAGGGCAUUACCUCCUGACCCCCCUUGUCCUGCCUACUGCGCUUGCUCCCAUUGCUCCCUGCUCUUGCCAUGGGAAAGACCCAUUUUUUUCAUACUGUAUUACUCAUCUGAGGCAUUAAUUGCUUUUAUAUAUAUGUAUAUGUAUACAUGAAUAAGCAGCCACAUUGUGCCUUAAAAGAGGCAGUGUCGAGCACCAGAGGAGGGAGAGAGCUUGUCUAGAGAGAGACAGAGCUGGGUUGUAGCUUAGGGUCUGCGGUCGAGAUCAGACGAGAGCAACAAGGUGUUAAAAGCGACGUAGAGUUUCUGAACGUGCUUGUUGCUAGUCCAGGGACUAGGGGCCGCCCCAGGCUGAUCUUCAAGGUCUGUAGGUUUAGGGAUUGUGCUAAGGGGUGGUGGGGCCAGGGCUUUGCCUGGGGGAAAAUCUGGCUCUGUGGAGUAGCUUGAUGCCAGCCAUGAUGUAGCCCCGCGAGCUGAAGCCUUUUUGCUGCUUCUGCUCCGCUGUGGGUCCGAUCCUGCCCCUCUCCCCACCCCACACCUAUCCCCUGCCUUCAGCAGGAGGUUGGGGGUCUGCCUAGGGGGGCAGGAGCUGGACUCCAAGCCCAUUCUGGACCUGAGGGCUCACAAGGAGUGCAGGAGAUAGUUCCCCCCCUCUGAUUUUUUUUGUAUUACUAUUUUGAGAUGGGUCCAGACACUCCAACAGGGCCCAGCCAGUCUCUAGUGCCCUGCUGCCUUUGGUGGCACAUGCAUUGCAUGUGUGGCACUGUUAAAGGAAGCUCGCCACGCUCCCCUCCCUGCCUAGCACUGGGUCCAGCCGCCUACUCCAUUGCCUUGUCCUUGCCCGCUCCCACGAUCAACACUAAGGUCAGCCCAGUGGGGCCCUUUUCCUCCCAGAGAGGACGCUGUUUGCCGAUAACCUGCCAACCACCCUGGCUCUAUUCCCGCUUCACUGCAUCUCGCUAAGUGGAAAUGUUACCACUGUUCCUGUUCUUCCUCCCCAAAUCAAUACACGAGGAAUCCUGCCCAA